CAAUUAAAUGUGAUUCAUCGUGCAUCCCGCCCAUCCCGCCCUGAUAAGGCGCGUCGUUUGGGCUACAAGGCCAAGCAGGGCUAUGUUAUUUACCGUAUUCGCGUCCGUCGUGGUGGCCGCAAGAAACCCGUGCCUAAGGGUGCCACCUAUGGUAAGCCAGUGCACGAAGGUGUCAACCAGCUCAAGUACCAGCGCUCGCUCCGCUCGACCGCCGAAGAACGCAUUGGCCGUCGUUGUGGCAAUUUGCGCGUGUUGAACACGUACUGGAUCAACCAGGAUGCCACGUACAAGUACUUUGAAGUCAUUCUCGUCGAUCCCUCGCACAAGGCUAUCCGUCGCGACCCCCGCAUCAACUGGAUCGUCAACUCCGUCCACAAGCGUCGCGAGGCCCGUGGUCUCACUGCCAUUGGCAAGAAGAGCCGUGGCAAGAACAAGGGUCACCGAUUCACCAAGACAAGUGGCAGUGGUCGCCGUGCUACGUGGAAGCGCAACAACACCUUGUCUCUCCGUCGUUACCGUUAAAUGGACUAUUGGCAGUGAUGGUGGUGCGAUGAUGGCAGGAGCAGCAGUAGUAAUAGUAGUGGGAAAAAAAGGAGAGAGUAUGUGUGUGGGUGGUGAAAAUAAAUCGCUUUAUUGUUAUUAUUGCUUGUUGCUGUUAUCACGAGCAUCCAAUGCACGCAACAAGAAUUCAAUUCGGUAUUCUGAUUUGGCAUUGGCCUUUUCGAGUUCUGCGAUACGUUUUUGUAAUUGUUCCGAGUCGGUAUCGCUGUUGUUUUCUG